AAACUAUCUGUUAACAGAAUGCAAUCAACUAUACAUAUUACACCUGAUGAAGUCGAUGUUCAUGCCCCUGCCAGUACCUAUUACACCACAGGCAACAAUGCCGGCGGUUUGAUUGGUCGCCUCAGAACUGUAUCGAGUCGUCAUACUGGGUUGCGGGAUGCACCUCAACGCCGACGAAGGGCGUCUCACGAUGAUAAGAGCAAGGCACAAAAAUUCCUUCUCGAUGUCAAGGAGACCCAACGAAUCUUGGUAGAACAGGAAGACACCGAUGGUGAUUUCCAGAUCACGGUCAAUGACCUUGGACCCAAAACAUUAUCGGUCGGUACGGCUGACAGCGGCGGAUAUCGAAAAAUCGAGAUUCGCGGUACCUACAUGCUGUCGAAUCUGCUGCAAGAAUUGGCUCUCGCCGAAGACUAUGGACGUAAACAUAUUGUGCUUGACGAAGCGCGUCUCAACGAAAAUCCCGUGGACCGGCUUUCCCGCAUGAUUCGUCACAAUUUCUGGGAUGGUCUCACUCGACGGAUCGACGCUGAAGGAUUGGAAAUUAUUUGUGCGGAUCCAAAAAACCGCUCGGCCAACCAUACCCCGCGCAUCUAUAUCCCUUACUCCGAGGAUGAAGUGUAUGCUUACUACCAGCACGUGGCGGAAACCCGAAAACAUCUUAACCUUGAAGUCGUUCGUCUGCCAAAGGAUAUCACCCCCGAGUUUGUCCAGAGUAUCAAUGACCGACCUGGUAUUCUCGCUUUAGCGAUGCGACGUGCGGUCGAUUCUCAGGGCCAACCCACUCUUCGAGGUGUUCCUUUUGUCGUGCCUGGUGGACGAUUCAACGAAAUGUACGGAUGGGAUUCGUACUUUGAGACUUUGGGGCUAUUGAUUGACGACCGAGUGGAACUUGCGCAGGGAAUGGUGGACAACUUUAUUUAUGAAAUCAAACAUUACGGCAAGAUUCUCAACGCCAACCGAUCGUAUUACUUAUCGAGAUCGCAGCCACCGUUUUUGACAGACAUGGCUCUCAGUGUGUACGAAAAACUGCCUGCAAACAAUGAAGAAGAAAACAAACAAUGGCUUCGCAGCGCUCUGCAAGCAGCCGUGAAAGAGUAUCAUACCGUGUGGAUGGCCGAACCUCGUCUGGAUCCAAAAACACAGCUGUCCCGAUUCCGACCUGACGGUGUCGGUAUUCCUCCCGAAACAGAAGCCUCUCAUUUUGACCAUGUCAUUGCACCCUUUGCCAACGACAUCGGAGUCUCAAUCACCGACUACAUGCACAUGUACAACAAUGGCGCCGUGAAAAACUCAGCUCUCGAUGAAUACUUUUUGCAUGAUCGUGCUGUCCGUGAAUCAGGCCACGAUACCACUUACCGCUACGAUGGACGCUGUGCUAACCUGGCAACAAUCGAUCUGAACUCGCUUUUAUACAAAUAUGAAACGGACAUUGCCUAUGGUAUCGAGUGCCUUCUUGAUCAUGAUCUCUACGACUAUGACGGUGUACGACAGGAAGCCAGUGUGUGGGCGCAACGAGCCAAGGACCGAAAAGAGCGCAUUGACAAGUAUUUGUGGAAUGAAGAGAAGAGUUUGUUUUACGACUACGAUACCGUCAAAGAAGAGCAGAUUACUUACGAAUCUGUGACCGCCUUUUGGGCCAUGUGGGCCAACUGUGCUAGUCCCGAACAAGCCGAGAAGAUGACGGAACAUUCUUUGUGUAAAUUUGAAGUGCUGGGUGGUCUUGUUUCCGGAACCGAAGAAUCCAGAGGCGCUAUUUCUUUGGACCGACCGAAUCGUCAGUGGGAUUUCCCGUUUGGCUGGGCGCCUCAUCAAAUCAUGGCUUGGAAGGCUUUCGAAAACUAUGGCAAGUUGGAUGUUGCACGGCGACUCGCUUACCGCUGGUUGUACACUAUCACCAAAUCAUUUGUCGAUUUUAACGGGGUUGUACCGGAAAAAUACGAUGUGGUGAGCUUGACCCACAAAGUCCAAGUCGAAUAUGGCAACGUCGGUGUUGAUUUCAAAUUUGUUCCCCGUGAAGGCUUUGGAUGGAUGAACGCUUCGUAUCAAGUUGGACUGUCGCUCUUGAAUACCCAGAUGCGACGCGCUCUUGGUACCUGUACGAACCCUGAUCUGUUCUUCGAGAAAGCAUUGAUGCGACAAAAUAUGUUCAACGAAACCAUGUUACGUCGUCGUCGGUCUUCUGAAACAGCCGCCAGAGCCAUUACCCGAAACGGUCAGAUUACAGCCGCCAUUACGCGUUUCGGUGCGGAAUCCGGCAUUGGAGGCUCUUCACCCUAUCUCGUGUCAUCGCCUGUUGAACGUGUCAUGGAAAAUCAUCCACUGUACUUUGACGACUCGCACAGUGACCAUUCCGCUUCAGCUCAAGAUACCAGUGACAAUACAAGCAGUGAUGAACCAGCAACCGAUCUUGCCUAGUGUAAGAUUUUUUUAAAAAGAAAAGAGAGGAUUCACAGCCAUCACCCUAUUCAUUUUGCUUUGUCUUCUUAUUUCCAUCAUGUUAUAUUUUGUUCUAUCUGAUUCCCCCCAUUUGUCUAUUUGUUAAUGCAAAUCCCUUAGAUACAAGCACAGAUGUUUUAUUGACAAACGGGAUGCCAAUGUCCAUAUUUUUAUAGUUUCAACUCUGCCUUUUUUUUUCUUUUUUUCUUUUUCGCUUAUCUUUCUUCAUCGCUUUUCUUUGUCUCUUCUGUGCUUGGCUUGUAUUGCAUUUCAUAAUAAAAAAUGGGCACACAUGCUCUUGUGUAC